AUGGCCUUAAUCUCCAAGAACAAGCUUCAAUUUGUUAACGGUUCCAUCUCUAUUCCAGAUCCGACAGAGCGAAGGUACGCUGCUUGGGAGAGAUGCAAUACCAUGGUUCUUACAUGGUUGCAUCGAUCCAUUGCUGAUUCUAUUUCACAAUCGAUCCUAUGGAUGGAUCGAGCAUUUGAUGUGUGGAGAGACCUUAAAGAAAGGUUCUCUCAAUCAGACAUAUUUCGUAUUUCUGACUUGCAUGAUGAGAUCUUUCGUUUGCAUCAAGGAGCAAAUUCUGUCUCCGAUUUCUAUACACAACUCAAGAUCCUUUGGGAUGAGUUGGAGUCUUUACAGCCAACACCUACUUGUAAGUGUGUUAAGCCUUGUUGUUCAAUCUCUUCUGAAGUGAGAAACAUCAGAGAUAGAGACUAUUCUAUUAGAUUCCUAAAGGGACUUAAUGAACAAUUUUCCCAUGUAAAGUCACAAAUCAUGUUAAUGGAUCCUUUGCCCCCUAUAAACCGUGUAUUUUCUUUAAUCACUGAGCAAGAAAGACAGAUGAAUUUGGCUAAUGUAAUACCUAGUAUUCCAGAUGGAAAUUCAAAGGCAUUUUUCCAUUCAACUGAACAGCAGUCAAGACGUGGCUACACUCCUGAACAACAAUCAGGACGUGCUUAUACUCCUGACCAACAAUCUGGACGUGGCUACACUCGUGGGGAAUUCUCCACUAGGGGAAGAGGACGUGGCUACAGUGGAGGCCGUGGUUACAAUGGAGGUCGUGGCAGAUCUUUUGUUCCAAGGUUGUGUACUUAUUGUGGCAAGACCAGCCACACUAUUGAUACAUGCUUUGAGAAUCAUGGGUAUCCCCCUGGAUACAGAGUCAAGGGAUUUCACAAGGCAAAUGUUGCCAGCACUGAUAAUAUUGAAGAAGUGCAUCCAUAUGUUGAUCAUAAUCAAGUGGCUUCUCUUCAAGGUAAGAAAGAGAAUUUUACUCAGGACCAAUAG